CCAGCGGAAGAGGAGGCGUUCCUUCAAAGCUUCCCGAGGAGAUCGAGAUAAAUAUAACAUUCCUUGGAGCUUUUUAACCUGCGAGAAGCAUUUUGAGUUCAUCGUAGAUAGAUUUGUCUUCAGCUUUUUGCUCUUUGGCGGCUUGAGAAGGAAACAUGGCAGACGAUAUUCUCUCCCUGAAGUGGAACAACCACAUUAAGACGUUCCAUGAUAUGCUUGGCAGUGUUAGACACAAGGGUUUCUACUCUGAUGCAACCAUUACCUGCGAUGGAAAGUUUUAUCCAGUUCACAAACUAGUUUUAUCAUCAUGCAGUGACUAUUUUGGAAGUAUAUUUGAUGCCACACAGUGCAAGCAUCCUGUCAUUGUCAUCAAGGAUAUCAAACAUGAAGAUAUGGAAGCCCUUUUGAAUUAUAUGUAUCUGGGAGAAGCCAAGGUGGCACGAAGUCUCCUGCCUGAACUUUUCAAGGCUGCUGAGUGCCUCAAAAUAAAAGGACUGGCCAUUCCUGAUGAGGCACUGACCCAUGACGAGACCAACAUAGCCAAACCUGAUAUAGAAGGCAGCCCCCCAAGAAAACGGCAGAAACCAGAUGGCCCAGCACCAGAUACUGAAUGUAUGGAGAUUUCUAUGAGGAACCAGCAUAACCAGGAGGGACACCAUCAGUCAGAAUAUGUGUCACAGCAGGAGUCUAGAGCUUAUGAUCUUAAGACACACAGAGAUCCUUUCAACGUUACCAAAGAGGAAGUAGACUUUGAAAGCAUACCCGAGAGCGAGGUGGUAGAGAGAGAAAAGGACAUUCCUGAGCUUCAAGAAAUUAUGCAACCAUUGAUGCCCACAAGACAACCUCACAUAGCCCAGGACCCUUACAUACAAUGGAAACCAGAAACAAGCGGCCAUCACAGCAAUUCCGGUUAUCCUUUGUGUCCAACCAAUUCUGUAAUGAAUAUGAAUAUGAAGGAGGAACCUGCCAUCGACCCUGUUAAUACUCUGAAAUGUCCUUACUGUCCCAAGACUUUCCUCUAUCCUGCCAAACUGCAAAGCCACCUACGAACUCACACAGGAGAGAAACCUUUUGCGUGCCCUUUCUGUACGUACCGAGCUACACAACAAGGAAACCUCAAUCGCCACAUUAAGAUUAAGCAUCACAGAGAGAACCCAGAAAACCCAGAGGGUAAUUAGAUGAUCACAAUUUUAUGUAUUGUUGAUACAUGAAAUAACUGUGUAUCAUUGUUUUUUAGAACUGAAUAGAAGAUCUUUAGGAAUCA